AUGCAGAACGCAUUAUCAAAGCGUAUGGAAGAAUUAAAGGUGGAAUGUAGUCAACAGGAAAAAGAAGGAGCUAGAUUGAAGAAAGAAUUGGAGUUUCAAACCGCUACUCCGUUGCGUGUUUUCAUGGUGAACUUUGCGAAAAUCGCUCUCCGAACAUAUGAAAUGCAGGAAAAGCUCAUUGAAGCAAGGAGGACUCAUGAGCAGUUGAAGAAUGAGGAAGCGGAAAGGCGUGCGAAAGUGGGAGCGUCCGAGUACGAUGUGUUCGAUGUGACUUUCGCGUCUCAGGAGUUAGCACUAAAUAAGACUUCUGAAUGCCCUGUCGUAAUCGAGCCGCCUAAGAAAUCCCUUCAAGCUAUACCUGAAGCAGCAGAGGAAGAAACGAUUAGUGGUAGUACGGUGAAUUCAAGUGAAAGUCUUCGCUCCACUCCUCCAGCUCAACCACCACAAGCAACUGAACAAGAAGUUAUUCUCGCUCGUACGAAUGCUGUUAAAAAUUAUGUGACACAGCAGUCGGAAGCUGUUGCCAGAAAAGCUGUUGAGUCUGAUGACAAUGAUUCUGGUGAGAUGACUCGAGAUGAAGACGAGCGUGAGUCGGUUUGCGCUCGAGAGCCUCAACAGCAACAUGGAAACGAUAUCGAGGUCGCUAGCGUUGCUGACGAAGAGUGUGCACCACCUCCAGAUGAUAACGACAUGAAUGAGACUGUAGAAGAGCGUGACGGUAUGAUCCAGUGCCAGGAAUCGGGACCUGGGGACUUCUCGGAUGACGACUCUGCCAUGGAUUCAGGAGCAGAAGAUCAGAAUGUAACGAUGGAAGAAGGCGAGGAAGAGUUAUGGACCGCAAGAAAAGAG